UUGUAGAUGCGCUGUCGGGAAGUUUUGAAAGUGGUUUGACGACACAAGCAGAAGACUAAGGAUAACUGCAUGGCUCUCCCAGGCCCAAAUAAGGAUAACAUCAGAGCAGGAUGCAAAAAGUGUGGUUACCCGGGUCACCUGACGUUUGAGUGUCGGAACUUUGUACGCGUGGACCCGAGGAAGGACAUCGUUCUGGAUGUGAGCAGCACCAGCAGCGAGGAGAGUGAAGAGGAGCAGGACGUUUCACAGGACAAGCUGCCGGGCAAGGGUUCCCAAGAGGAUUCCGGGAAAGCACAGCACAAAAGGAAAAAUAAAGACAAGUCUCACAAAAAGUUACGAAAGAGGGCAUACUCAUCAAGCGAUGAUGAGGAACGGAGCAGAAAGAAACACAAGGGACACAAGAAGAAGGGGAAAAAAGAGAAGAAGGAGAAGAAACAACACAAGAAAGAGCACAAAAAGGCGGAGAGGCAUUCCUCCUCAUCUGACAGCUCUCAAGAAAGUGACUGACAGGAAAGCAGUCCAAUCAGAGCUUUCUGACCUGAAGUUAAAUUAAAGUCUCGAUUUGUUUUCUUUUUCUUUUUUAACAGGCAUUAAAUGCAGCGUUGAAAUGGGUGUAUGAAUAAAAUGUUCACAUCACUGAUUAAUUGAAACAUGAUUUGGAUGUUCUUUGAUUAAUUUGCCCGUAUUUACAAAUGCCUGUAUUGGUCUCUAUGCAGGUCAUUUAUAAUGAGAUGAACAUCCCGUUCUUUGAGGGGACACAUUCCCGUGCUAUUUUUUGGUUUGGUUGGUUAGUAUUGGUUCUGGCUUUUUUUUCCUUUGUUCCUAGUCAGCGCCAGUGUCUUCUAAUCAAAGAUAAAUAAUUCACUGCUGAUUGCAUCUCUGAAGGGUCUCUUGUAGUCUUCUCGUUAAGACAGACUGAAAGAAACCACCUCAAGCCAUCAGUCGUUAAUUUAUAGGCAGAACAGGACAAUUGACUAAUGCUAAAGCUGUAAAUAGUUGAUGUAUAAUGAGCAUUUAUCAACAGUAGAUACAACCUUGUAUACUUAAUUUCUUUUUUAUUUUUAUUUCAGAGCAUUCUCUAAAGAGUCGUUGUACAUUGCUUUACAUAAUCACAUUUGUUUUCAGCUCUAGCACACGUCUGUUGAGUAAACAUGAUUUGAAUAUUCCUGAUGUACUUCCCUUCUAUGCUGAAUUCUGUUUCUCUGCUUCUUUUGAAAACGCAAUGUUAUGCUAGUGGAAUAAACACCUGUAUUGCAAACUUUU